AUGCUUACUCUCGCAGUCGCCUGCCUCAUCGUGCUCUGCGCCUGGUACGAAUAUGUUGCCGGCGCUUACUCACAAGUACCUUUGCCAACAGAGCCUCUGCCAUUCCGAACCACGACCUUCGAUCACUUCGAGCUGGUCGACACCCGCAGAGUUGACCCCUACUUCGGUGGACCACGAAAACUUAUGCUGAGCCUCUUCUACCCAUGUUCGGGCAAUCAUUCCAUUGCUUGCGACCUUGUCAUCAGGAGGUACCUUCCUAGAACCACCGCGGAGCAUCUAGACCCUUUGCUUCGAUCCUUGGAUAUCCUUGAUAUGUUGGACGUCUGGGAUCUCGAAUUUGUUGAGGCUUGUCUCGAACCACCGGAACACGAUAUGAGGGCGAACUACCCAAUUGUCCUUUUUUCUCACGGACUCAACUCCUCUCGACUUUUGUCCAGUGAUCAGGCCCAAAGGCUGGCUAUGAAGGGGUUUGCCGUCAUUACGAUCGAUCAUCCCGGCACUGCCAGGGUCGUGACCUGGCUGAAUGGUUCGACUAGUCUAUCUGCGGACUUCGGCACGAAUACGAUGGUCGAUCAAGCAGUACGAGUACGGUCUGAAGACAUAUCAUUCGUCCUGGAUCAGCUCGAAGAUAUCGACAGUGACCUGAAUGCUUUGUUUCCGUACCGCAUACCGGGCGACCCAAGCAAGACUAGCCCCAAUGGCUCCUCGGUAGCUCUGCUUGGACACUCCCUGGGCGGUGCGACUGGAUUACGGAAUGCAUUCGACGAUGGCCGGCUCGCAGGCAUAGCUAAUCUUGAUGGCUAUCCUUUCGGAUUCAAUACCACCGGAACCACGCUUCCAUUUGAGCCUGUGUUCAGCCUUCCAUCUUCGGUUUCAAAGGUGCCGACACUGCUCUUCAACGUUCCACAGCAGAUACGAUCUACAGCGUUCACCGAGCUGUAUCAUAGACUGCCGGUAGGGAAACGUCUUCAGCUGAGCCUUCGCGGUGCUGGACACUGGACAUUCACAGAUCUACCAUUUAUCAUAGCGCGACGCAAUGGAUCAGACAAACUACCUGGCAGGCUUGGACCAGGUGCCGAAGAGAACUUAGGUACGAUCAACGGCAUUGUGGCGAUGAAUGCAACUGUUUACCAUCUCGCGGCCUUCUUUGACGUGGUCCUGAAGGGUAAAAAGUGGUCCAGUCUCCUCGCACCAGACGCGACAUAUCCUGAAGUGAGCGUUGCUAGACCUCGUCCUGGAGAGUAA